UGCUUGGCGGGCCGUCGUGCGCACGCGCGCCCAAGGCGGGCGCGGGGCGUUUGGUCGGGAGGUGCGUUCGGGUCCGCCCGCGCCCUGUGGCAGGCAGGAGGGGGGCGUGCCCCUUACGUGUCCCUCCUUCCCCCCCUUCCUCGGGCGGAGAUCAUGGAAAACACCCAGGUUAUUAACUGGGAUGCCGAAGAGGAGGAGGUCACAGAAAUACCCAGUGGGUCCCUGGGGUAUAGCUUGGAGCCUAUAGGGCGGCUACGACUCUUCAGUAGCACUCACGGACCAGAAAGAGAUUUCCCUCUCUACCUGGGCAAGAAUGUGAUUGGCCGAAGCCCUGACUGCUCUGUGGCCCUGCCUUUCCCAUCCAUCUCUAAACAGCAUGCAGUGAUUGAGAUCUCUGCUUGCAACAAAGCCCCUGUCCUCCAGGAUUGUGGGAGCCUCAAUGGCACUCAACUGGUAAAGCCCCCUAAGGUCCUACCCCCUGGAGUGAGCCAUCGUCUGAGGGACCAGGAGUUAAUUCUGUUUGCAGACUUCCCCUGCCAGUACCAUCGCUUGGAUGUCCCUCCUCCUUUGGUCUCUCGGGGACUUCUAACUGUAGAGAAGACCCCCAGAGUACAGGGAGGAUCCCAAGCCUCCAGAGUUUUGUUGGCUGAGGACUCGGAGGAAGAAGUGGAUUUUCCUUCUGGAAGGUAUAUGGCAAAUGGAUCAAGGAAUCCAACGUCUCCUUCAGCAACAGUAGUUCCAGAAAGUGAUGAAGAGGGGUCUUCUCCAGCCCCAAGUGUCCCUGGGCCUUCUCUGCCCUUUGACUUGGGCAGUGACACAGAUGAAGAGCCGGGUCAGCAUCUGGCAGCAGGGGAGUCCUCUUCAGCUGCCAGGGACGGUGCCGCUGCAGAGGCCGUGGAAGCUAAUGGAGUGACAGCUGGCAUCCAGCUGGCACUGGCUCAGCCUGCUGAGCAAAAGCUCAGGGACACGGAAGUCAAGAGUGAGGCAGGCGAUGGAGCGACUCUGGAGAGGGGCCCCACUGGGGGUGAGGACAGUGACACAGACGUGGAGGAGGGCAAGACUCCACGGGCUGUCCCUCCAGAGAGAAACCACACACCCAUGGUGAUCAACAGCGAUACAGAUGAGGAGGAUGAAGUCUCAGCAGCAGUCACCUUGGCCCAUCUGAAGGAGAGGGGGAUCACUUUGUGGAGCAGAGACCCAGGCGUGGAAGAGGUCAAGUCCCAACCACAGAUCCUUGUAGAACGAAGUCAGAGCGCCUCUGGGAAAGACAGUGACACAGACGUGGAGGAGGAAAAGAGAGAAGUGGUCCCUGACAGCCCCAUGGACAUAGAUGAGGCCCUUCUUGUCACACAUUCAGAGAGCCAGCCUCCCCAUAGACCCAGUGAGGAUGUGGAUAAGGAUGUGGAUAUAUGCCCCCCUGGGGGCCUUCUAGAGGGAGACCAAGCCUCCUCUGCCACAGGAGACAGUGGUGCACAGGUGAAGGAGGAAGUCCCUCCAGAGCCAGCUGUUACCCUGGGGGAAACAUACCAGUUGCCUCUAGAGGAAGCCCAGCCUCCUGAGGAGGCCUGGGAAACAGCUGGGGAGGAAGGCUCAUCUUCAGCGGUGGCAGAUGUAAGGCAGAGCAGGCAGCCAGGAGCAGAAAAUGCUGGGACAGAGUGGGCUGCAACUGCUUGUAAACAGGAGAGCACUCUUGAGAUGGGGGUCCAAGGCAAGUCACCUGCUGCACCCGUGGAGCCAUUGGUGGUGUCUACAGCUACUCCAGGGGAUCCCACCCAGCCACAGAAAAAGGGAGCCCAGACCCCCACAGGGAAGGAGAGAGGAGCACAAAUGGGCAGGACCAAGAAUGCCAAAGACUGCCGUGAUGAAUCUGAAGAUCUGUGCCUUCCGGCUACCCAGUGCUUUGUAAAAACGGAGGACCAGAACUCAGAAGCUGUCCAGAGUUUGGAAGAUGAAGCUACCCAAGUCUUCCCGUGUACUCUUCCCCAAGAGCCUGGACCUUCCUAUCUUAGCUUUCAGACUCCAGGUCCAGGUGCCCUGGAUGUGCCUUGGGAAGUCUUGGCUACACAGCCGUUUUGUCUGAGAGAACCUGAGACCUCUGAACCCCAGCUCAUGGACACCCACCUUGAAGCUCAUGGGUCUCAUCCACCUCUGCCUCGUGCGUCAGCAGGACAGCAGCAUCUGCUCCACACAGAGCCGUUGGGAACUGAAGACAGAGAGAUGCAAACUGUGGAGAAAGCAAUGGGCCACUUGAGUUGCAAGAUGAAACCUGCUGGAGAGGCUUCCAGGGGUGAUCCAGAACUCUCCGGCCAUCACCUGCUUUCUCCAGUUCCUGAAGCUUCUUCUCCACCUCAGAGUCUGCUCACCUCUCAGAGCCAAAAGCAGUCUACACCGCAGCCUCUGUUGUUGACCUCUUCCCCUUCUGAGCUACACCUUCCUGAGACUUUUCACACAAAGCCUCAUGUCAGGCCUCGCCGGUCCUCCAGGAUGACCCCCUCCCCACACUCCUCUGCUGCCCUUAAGCCCUAUACUACCUGCCCCACAAACCUGCCCGCUGCCCCUAGACCAACAUCUCGGGCCACUCGGGGCAGGGCAAAUAGGUCCUCUACCAGGACUCCGGAACUGGUUGUCCCUACAGACUCUGAGCUCCAGCCUCCCGCCUCCACAGAACAGCCUGUCAUCCCCAAACCUACAUCUCCAGUCAUUCAGGGCAGCACAAAUGGUUCCUUUGUUAAAACACACGAACCAGUUGUCCUCACAGGUCCCGAAAUCCAGCCUCCCGCCUCUACAGAACAGCCUGUUACCCCAAACCCCACACCUCAGGCCACUCGGGGCAGGCCACGCAGGUCUUCUGUCAAGACCCCAGAACCACUUACUCCCAUUGGUCCUGACCUCCAGCCUCCUGCCUCCACAGAACAGCCUGUCAUACCAAAACCCACAUCUCAGGCCACUCGGGGCAGGCCAUGCAGGUCUUCUGUCAAGACCCCAGAACCACUUACUCCCAUUGGUCCUGACCUCCAGCCUCCCGCCUCCACAGAACAGCCUGUCAUACCAAAACCCACAUCUAGGGUCACUCGGGGCAGGCCACGUAAGUCUUCUACCAGGACCCCAGAACCAGUUGUCCCCACUGGUCCUGACCUCCAGCCUUCUGCCUCCACAGAACAGCCUGGUACCCCUAACCCCACAUCUAGGGUCACUCGGGGCAGGUCACGUAAGUGUGUCAGGACCCCAGAACCAGUUGUCCCCACUGGUCCUGACCUCCAGCCUCCCACCUCUGAGCCCUCAUCUCAGGACAGGACACAUAGGUCUUCUGUCAGAACUCCUGAAACAAGCAUCCCCACGGCCCCUGAACGGCAGCCUUUCACAUCAAGAGAGCAUCCUGCCCCCAAGCCCACAACUCUGGGCACUUCGGGAAGGACAUGGAAGUCCUCCAUUGAGGAUUCUGAAUCAGUUGGACCAGUAGCCCCUGAUUUUGAGCCUCCCAUCUCCACAGACCUUGUUGCCUCUGAGGUGACAAGUCAGAGCAUAACACUAAAGUCUUCACCACUAAGUGCUUCUCCAGUUUCUGCCACCUCUGAACUCCAGCCUCCUGUCCCCACAGCCCAGCCUGUUCCCCUGGAGCCCAUUCCUCAAGCCAGUCACCGAAGGAGGCGGAAGGCUGCUGGGAAACAAGGCUCCCACACAGUUCCCAUUGACCACAAGCCUUACUCUGCACCCUCUGAACCUGAGUCCCAAUCUUCAGCCAAUCAAGCCUCAGCAUUAGAAACAGAUGAGUCUAUUGCUCCUGAGCCUGCCAUUCCCCAGGUUCCAGAGACCCUCACUCACAUCCCCCCAGUUCAAAAUGAAGCAGCUGGAAGAUCAGGGCUCAUUCCCAAGCCCCAGCCUGAGGCUUCUCGAGCCCGCAAGAAGCCUUCUGCUACCACAACCUCACCACUUCAAAAACGUCCCCGAAGACAAGUUCCCCAGAAGACCAUAGUACCCAAGGAAGAAGACCCUGCAGAAAUGCCAGUGAAGGAAGAGCCUCAGGAGAUAGCAAUUCCAACACCAGGCAAAAGAAAGAGGGAUCGCCGUGCAGAAGAUGAGACCCAGGGAAACCCAAGUCGAAGCCGACGGGCUAAACCUAACCAAGAAACAGUAGCCCCCAAGGUGCUGUUCACAGGAGUCGUGGAUUCUCGUGGAGAGCGUGCAGUCCUGGCUCUGGGAGGCAGUCUAGCCAGCUCAGUAAAUGAGGCCUCUCACUUGGUCACUGAUCGAAUCCGCAGGACAGUCAAGUUCUUGUGUGCCCUGGGGAAGGGGAUCCCUAUCCUCUCCCUGAACUGGCUGUAUCAGUCCAGAAAGGCUGGUCACUUCCUGCCACCUGACGACUACAUGGUGACUGAUCCUGAACAAGAAAAGAAUUUUAGCUUCAGCCUUCGGGAUUCCCUGAGCCGGGCUCGGCAACAAAAACUGCUGGAGGGCUAUGAGAUUCAUGUGACCCCUGGAGUGCAGCCACCCCCACCUCAGAUGGGCGAAAUCAUCAGCUGCUGUGGGGGCACAAUCCUGCCCAGCAUGCCCCAUUCCUAUAAGCCUCAUCGAGUUGUCAUAACUUGCACUGAAGACUUACCUCGCUGUGCUAUCCCAUCUCGCCUGGGGCUGCCCCUCCUCUCUCCUGAGUUCCUCCUGACUGGAGUGCUGAAGCAGGAAGCCACACCAGAGGCCUUUGUCCUUUCCAAUUAGGAAAUGUUCUCUACCUAAAAAAAAAAAAAAUCUACCUCUAUCCUCUCAGACCAGCAAACACUCCUAGAAAACAUUUGAAAAAAGGAACACACACAAUUAAGACUGCACAAGGUGGUCCACACCUUUAAUCUCAGCACUUGGAAGGCAGAAGUAGGCAGAUUUUUGUGAGUUCCAGGCCAGCCAGGGCUACUACAUAGUGAAAUUCUGUCUCAAAAACCAAAAUAAAAAAACAAAACCCCUGAAGACCUAAGAUUGUUUUGAACAACUGCUUUGGGAAUGUGUAUAAGACCAAAGAGUUUUUGAAAAAGGAAAAUGAUUUUUCCCCCUAAGAUGCCCAUUUCUGAACUGGCCAACCCAAGCUGGGGUGCAGUGCUGUCAGAGCACUUGCCGUCAGUGGUGAAGGCCUGGUUCAGCCUGCACCCUGCUGUCUUGGCCCCUUUUCCGUGUCUUCCCAGGAUCCUUACCAGUCCCAGGCGUACCUGACUGAGAAGAUGAGGGUGCCUCACAAGAUAUGUUUUCUGGUUUGUGACUCUCCAGGCUUUUAGUUUUGCUGCACAUGGCCUACUUUUCCAGUGUUUGCUGUUAGCUUUGGUCAUCUCUGUGGUAGGUCAGUGCUCACUUAGCCUGCCUGAUGGUGAAUUUCUAAUAUGAAGUAAGACAGUUUUGAACUUGCACUCAAUUAUCAGUAUCAAUUUAGAGUAAAUCACAUUUAUUUUUAAAAGCUGGUCACUUUCCAGGAUGUGGAGAAAGCAGGACUCUUGGGUAUUUCUGGUGUUUAGUUAGGCCCCUGCAGUCAACCAUUUGAAAGUUCCUUUGGAGUUGAGUGAAAAGCUGGUCCUGGGCAUUUCCAGUAGUCCCUGUAUGUAGAGGCUGAAGCAGGAUGGCCACAAGCUCCAGUUCAGUCUGGGCUACUGAAUAAAACCCUGUCUUAACAGAAAAAGGGUUUUGUUUGUUUGUUUUGUGUUAGCUUGCAUCAGCUCUAUGGUAGGUAAGCACUCAUCUGGUCGGCCUGAUUACCAUAUGACUCAGCAAUCUGGCUCUGCCCCCUGUGCUUGGCCUCUGAUUCCAGCAGUACAGGUAGGGGCAAGUAGGAUCAGAAGUUCAAGGUCAGCUUUGACUACAUAGCAAAUUGGAGGCCAGCCUAAAGCUAUUAGAGACUCAAAAAUGAAAAACAGGCACUUGAUAAGUGGUUUGUUUUUUUUUGGGGGGGGUCUCUAUGGUUGCUAGGCAAUCACUUUGCCACUAAGCCUCAUUCCCAGCCCCUUAUUACUUUUCAAGAUAGCCAUAUAUACAAGUACUGUAGACGGCUGGGCAGUGAUGGCGCACAACUUUAAUCCCAGCACUUGGGAGGCAGAGCAGGUGGAACUCUGAGUUAGAGGCCAGCCUGGUCUACAGAGUGAGUUCCAGGACAGCCAGGAUACACAGAGAAACUCUGUCUCAAAAUGCCAAACAGAAACUGUACAUUUGUUCAGCAAGGGUGAGCAUAUAAAUGUGCUGUGUGCACAAAAAGGAAUGCUCAGACAUGAAGUAUUUGAGGGUGAGUGUCAAGAAGACCCUAAGUAAAAGGCCUAGACACAAAGGACACAUUUGAUUCCAUCUGCAUGAUAAAUCCAGAAUGGGUGAAUUCACAAAGAUAAGAACAGAUCAGUGCGUCCCAGACUCUUGAGGACAGGGGAGCUGCUCAGGGAGUCUACUAGCAUUUCAUUGUGAGGAGUAUUGGAGCCAGAAAGAAAGAGGUUGUACAUAAUGCAGAAUAUUAAUGCUACUGUACUGUCUCUUUCUAUGUGAAUUUCGCUUCAAUAAAAAUAUAGUUGCUUGCUUUGUAUGUUUUUCUGCAAUGAACUAUGUAUAUAAGCUUCCAGAACUAUUCUGGGUACAUAUAGCCUACUUCCUCUGCAGCUGGUCGGCAUCAAAGUUGGCCUGCUCAAACUAGGCACCUGCUUUACAACUCAUUCACACCGAUGCUAUAUGCUGUGUCUGUUUUUUCCUUUUGGGAGUGCUGGGGAUUCAGCAAUGCUACUGAAAUAAAUGCUUACAUUAAA